CCGGCAGGGAGGCAUCAGCGGCAUUGACAUUUUGUGGUUUUGAUUUUGAGCCAGGGCAAAAGACCUUGGCGGAUCGUCACGGAGCGUCAUCUCGAGGAAAAUCGGGGUGGCCUUUUUGGAUCGUUCAUGGUCGCGUCGUGACAUGUCAUGUGUCGUGAUCGUUUUGGGAAGCAAGACGAUCGUGUGGGCCCUGUGCGGCUGCGUGGUCCAGAGCAUGGAAUUUGGAUUCAUCUCUUCAAGACGAUCAUUUCAACUGAGUUGGACACCCAGCUAGGAAGUUCUUAUAUGGUGGUCGCAUGAAACUAGCAGCCACUUAGCGCGAUGGCCAUGUGUGAAUUAGGCGUUUGCAGCCUUUAAGCUCGGCAGACUUCAUUGCAAGCUGAUCCUUGUGAGUGAAGGAGUGUGCACAGGAUGCGGGACACGAUUUUGUUGCUGCUGUGUGGACGGGCGCCUGCAGAUGUUCCUGGACAAGACCAGUUGUGCGAACCGCUGGAGGACCUAUCAGUCCUGAUGCAGCUGAGCGUGAAGAAUGGCUUUGCCGCGCCUAAGGUCGCAUGGAUGAAGAGUGUUGGCCGUGGCAUCACCGGCAGUUGCACUUUCAAUGUGCCAACCCCUUUGGAAUCGCACAGUCCCCAUCCAAUUUUAAUUGUGAUGGCGACCAUGGUUGCAUUUGCACGACUACAAAGAAGCCGUACAACUACAGGAAAAACACCACCGCAUGCCAGCCGUCAUCGACGUCCACGGGCGGCCGAACUAUAAGCACUCGAUCUUCGGAGGAGACAUCAUGACUUGGAGGCCGCAACUGCUCAUAAGUGAGUAUGGCCGGUAGCACCUUUGAGCUGCUUCGGAUUUCAAAUUCCCCUCUGUUUGUGUGCGUGUGCGCAUCGAGAUAUCAGGAUAUCUCACAUGCUGCCUCAAGCUUUUGAGUGGACAAGCAGCCCUCCUGCACCGCGUUUGAC